UGAGAUAUGCAAUACUCGCCAGAACGCGCAGAUUAAACACCCACGAGUUGUCGUGUUUUGCUGGCACCCGAACGAGCCCCGUUGUCCGUGUUGAGUUUGUGUUAUUAUGGCUGCGUGGGGCAGGAACCCGCUGCUGGUUGCCAUUCCUCUGUGGAUGACUUUUGGGAGCGCUGCUGCUCUAGAGGAGAGCCAGAUCUGUUAUGUGCUGGAUGGCAUCCUGUUUGUGUACGGCAUCAUCCUGACAGCUCUCUACUGCAGAAUCAAGAUCUACAAUGCUAAAGAGGCCGCUGCAGAAAAGCCAAAGCAGGCUGCUGAGGAGGGCAUAUAUACAGGUCUGACUCCUCAUGUCCAGGACACUUAUGAAACAAUCGGCUUGAAGAAGUGAUCAGUGGAAAUCCGAUUUUAUUUCUCUCUUCUUUUCUUUUGUAUUUAAAUUUUGAAUAUCCUGCUCUGCUUAGAUUUUGAGCGUAUACGAGAUGAUGCACACCUUUUGUUUUUAAAAGAGAAGCGCAAACAUAUUUUACACAACUAUAAUGCUUCAGAUGUAUUUCACAUUGCAGUAAUUCUUUUAGAGUUUACAUUUCUUGUAGAUUUUCGUGCCAAAACUCGGACUACUUAACUCAGUAUCUCCUCUAAGCUGGCAGGAAAGUUUUUAUGUGUGAAUAUGAGAGUAAGUUUUAUUUUGUGACGGCGUUUGUUUCAGCACAAAUAAGGGAUAUUUUUUUAGGCUGAGAGAACAUUACUUAUCCUUUAAAAUAAAGCUUUACUGAGCAGUGUUUCCUACAAACCACAGGAUGGCAGUGACGGCGUCUUCGCUGCAGUUCUCACCUGUCCACACACAUAGAAGAUAUUAUCAAUGUAAACUUCUAACUGUAGGAAACCCAGAGGCUGUUACAUGUUACAUGUCUUAUAUGCAAAACCUACGGAAUGUUUUUUUCUUCUUGUUAAUAUGCAAAUUAAAGAGUUUUUUCUGUCUUAAAAUUAGGGCAACAAUGUCUCAUGUGAGCUACACAACCACAAAAAGAGCAAAAACAACCUUUGUAUGACAGUGGUUUGGCAUAAUUUACACAGAGUGCGUAAGGAUUUAUCGAAGUUUGUAUCACAUUAAAUCAGACUGAUCAAAACCUGUUCAGCAGAUAAAGAGAUGGUAAUGUGAUUGGGUGAGGAGGGCAAAUCAACAAAGCAGGAUGUCCUGUUGAUUUAUGAAGUGACUGUAGAUUAUCACAUAAACCAUUACAGUGUGUGUAA